GGAAGGUCUGCUCGUCAGCAACAACGCCGCUUUGAUGCGCCUUGACGGGCUGCAGGGGCUCUCGGUGGUCAAGGACCAGGUCACAGUCGGCCACAACAACGAGCUGGUCUCCAUUGCAGGGCUCGCUUCUCUGCGGAAAGCUGGGUACGUGAGCAUCUACACCAACCGCCAGCUCCGGUCCUUGCACGGGUUGGAGAAGCUGGAGGAGAUCACCGGGGCCGAAGCGGACGGCGCGAGCCUCUACGUUGCAACUAUGGAGGAGUUGCAGUCCAUCGGAGCUCUGCAUUCGCUGUCCGGGGCUUUGCCAGGAUCGCUGGAGGUCUUCUCGCUCCCAAAGCUCGGGAGUUUGCAGCUGGCGGGGCUCAGCGCUGCGCAGAGCCUGAAGCUCCAGCUCCUGGGCGACGCGGUGGACUUCUGCCUCUCCGAGCAGGAGCGGCAGGCGUUGCGGGCGUUGUCAACAGAGGGCUUCGUACUGGACGCGCGCUGGGACAACGGGUGCGUCCCCUGCACAGGUGGCUGCGCGGUGUGCGACCGCCGGGUGGGCCGGUGCCGAUGCCCCUUGGGCCGCAGCGGCGACUGCACGCAGCGAGCGCCGAGGGUGGCGCUGCGCGGGGCGCAGCGCUGCGUGCGGCCGCGGCACAGCGAAGGCAGCAGCAACAUUUGCACAGUCUGUGGAGACUUGGAAGCCGACGAGUAUGAUGCUGAUCUGCCAGCUCCAACUGCUUUUCACCUGACCGAGCUGAACUCUACGGGCCUCCUUGCAGAUGCACGGCAAGUGGUUGUGUGGGAGUCUGUCAGAAGAGGUCAGAUUUGCGUGAACCUGACGAUCACGGCAUCUUCCAGCUACCAGGGCUCUGAGUUCAUUUCAUUUGGUCUCAGCUACGACCACGCGAUGCCAGACUGCAUCAUCAAUGACACUCUGAAGGAGGUGACAGUGCACCCGGAGCCUGUCUUUCCCUGGUGUCUGGACAGCGGGGACUGCCUGGGCACUGCUGGGGCCUUGCUGCUGGAGGUGGCGGAGCCUGCCAAGGGACGAGCCGCCUUUGCACAAGAAGAGGCGUCCUUCACCGAGAAUAGCCUGGGCGCCUUGGUGCUGGAGCGCCUGGAGGGGGACUACACCACGCUGACCGCCCUGGUUGAGGUGAAGAAUGGCACGGCUCAGGCAGGGAUACACUACGUCCUUAGCAGCGUGGUGGUCUCCUGGCCCCACGGGGACGCAUCACCCAAGGCAAUACCCCUCCGAUUUCCAGACAACAACGUCUAUGAGGAUGAGCUGGAGCUGGUGCUGCAAAUGCGAGACGCUGACACCGGCGAGCCCUUUCCCUCGCUCUGCGUGCUGCGGCUCUCCGACGACGGGGACGGCGGCGUCCUGGGCUUUGGCGCGGCGGAGCGCUGGGCCGCAGAGCGGCGCGGCGCCGAAGGCGCGUGCCUGGCGGAGGUGCGGCGGCACGGGCGCAGCGGGGAGGCCACAGCCACCCUGGAAUUGACCACGUGCACACGAGAGAUGGCCACGCCGGGCCGCGACUUCGCUUUCACCCCAGGCCCGGCUUUGGUGUGGCAGGAUGGCCAAGACGGUGCCCAGUGCGCGCUGCAGUUCUCGGCUUUCCACAGCGGGCCGGCCAGGCUAGACAUCUACGAGGACGCCGACACCGAGCCGAACGAGGCCAUCUGCUUCCGCCUGGCCGCGGGCGGCAGCGCGGUGGUGACCAGCCAGUCCAGCGCCAACUUCAGCAGCAGCUUCACGCUGGUGCUGCAGGACCUGGGCAUCUCCGGUGGCCCGCAGCUGGCGCCUUGCCUCCGCGGCCGGCCCUGCCGCCUGGCCCUGGGCCUGGAGGCCCCGACGGUGGCGCUGGCCGCCCAGUGCGAAGCCUCGGCCUGCGCAGGUGCAGCAAUGAAUCUCUCGGACGGCGUGGCGUAUUGGGAUCUGCUUUUGCAUCCCCCCGGCAGGUAUUUGGUGUGCCACUGCACGGACCUUCGCGCGGUAGCCAGCGUGGAGAUCCAAGGUCCGCAAGAGGCACAUCAGAUUACGUGUUUUUUGGGACAGGCCUGCCAAAUCCCCAAGCUCUCGGGCACCGGGCUGCUGGCCAACGACCGCCUCUCGCUGCAGCACUCCUGCGGCGAUGCCCUGGAGCCCCUGCAGGCUGCGCUGGUCGCCAUUGACCAGGGCUCUGCGUACGCCUUUGGCGGGCGGCUUGCGGGCGAUCCCGGGGUGUUCAAUCUUUGCUGGUGUCGCCCAAGCAGCAACAUCACCUGCGACUCUGCCGUGGACUUUUCUGCCCCUGCCGGCUUCUUCAAGUCGGAGGGCCCCUACCGUGAGCUCUUCGUCUGCGAGGUGAACGCCAGCUGCCGGGUGCAGCUGCGGGGCGUGGGCUUGCGCCCAGGGGACCGCCUGGCGGCCAUGGAGACCUGCGACGGCGGCGCGCUGAAGAUGUUCAUUCGGUCUGGUGAAGAGAGCUCCAGUGCUAUCUCCGCGGAUGGAUCGAGUUACGACUUCGGUCUGGUGCGAGAGGGCCAGCUGCCCUACGAGCUGGACCUGUGCUGGUGCCGCGGUGGCUGCGAGGCCGUGGUCCCAGCUGGGAGGCUCCGGCUCCGGUGUGCGCGGAACUUCUUCUGGCCCGCCGGCACCAGCGGCGCCGCCCAGGGCCGGGGCUCCUGCGCGCCCUGCGCGGAGCACCAGAAGACCCUGGCUGCAGCAUCGCUGGGCAGUGCAGCAUGCAUCUGCAAGGAGGAGAAGGAUGGCUGGGCCUUCCAAGAGACCAACGAGGCCUGCGGCUGCCGGGACGGCUUCUUCUGGAGUGCGAGGAACAGAUCGUGCCAGCCCUGCAGCGGUGGGCAGAGUUGCCUUUGGCAAGGAGCCUUUGCCCGCAGCCUGGCGCCGCCAGCGUUGCUGCCGGGGUUUUGGGCGGAGGAGCCCGCUCCGGAGUUCGCAGGCCACUCGGUGUAUCGCUGCUUCAACCGCCGCACUUGCCCCUUCAGCAACGGCACCUGCGCGAUCGGCCGUGAGGGCAGGGGCUGCGGCCUGUGCCAGCAGGGCUUUUUCGGACGGCAUGAUGGCCCGUGCGAAAGCUGUGGCCCGAGCUCUUUGGAAGAGAGGCGGUGGUCCUUUGUGGCGCUGGCGUUGCCAGGCUCGCUGGGCCUCAGCGUGGUGGCGCAGCUCAUCUUCGGGCGCCAAGGCUCUCAGAAGGGCAAAGGGCUCCUGGCCCUCAGGUCUUUGCGGAGCUCUUUGAGCCAGAGCUUCCAGUAUUUGCAGCUUUUGUCGAUUGUGUCCUUCUUCGAGGUGCGAUGGCCAUCACUGCUGGAACAACUUUGGAACGCCUUGCGGUCCCUCUUCGUGCCCUUGCGGCUCAGCACUGGCUGUUUGCUUGAGGAGCCCUCGGCCCGUAGCGAGCUCAUGGCAAGGCUGCUGCUUCCGUUUGGCGUCGUGGUGGUGGCCUUGCAGCUGCCAUGGCUUUCCCGGCUUCUUCAGAAGCUCCUGGCUCGCGAUAUUCAGCUUGCGGUGCGCGAGGUCUUGAAGAUGCUGGUCUGGCUUGGAUGCCUGUUCUUCAGCACGCUCAUUCACAACGGCUUCCUGCUCUUCAGCUGCGCGAAAGGCCCCAACGACGUGUCCACCGUGGUGAUCUUCCCGCACCUCCGAUGCCCACCCGGCCCUGACAAGGAGUGGCUGGAGCUGCUGCCCUUCGCAGUGGCAUACAACGCAUUCUUCGGUGUGGGCCUGACUUUGGCCGUGAUGUUCGCUGCCAAGAAGUCCGUGUUCCACCUGGUGCAAAGCAACUUUCAGGAACGCGGGCCCUGGUCGUUUUUGGCCAUCGAUUUCAGAGACACAUUUAUGUGGUGGCCGAGCUUGAAGCUCGCAAAAGACCUGGCCAUCAACAUCAUUGCUGCUAUUUGCAUCAAUUUCGGCUCGUUUCAGCUGCUGGGUACGGCCUUCAUCUCUGGCUUCUAUGCAUACGCUUGCCUGACGCGCCAUCCCUUCCAGGACUGCUUGAACAAUGGCCUGGAGAUUUGGUGCUCGCUUUCCGUGAUGAUCCUUUGCCUUUUCACAGCAGGCAUGGGUCUCGCCAGUGAUAUCCGGGAGGCUGCCGUAGAGAUGAUGCUUGAGGAGGAUGUGGCCUCAUUCCGAUGGCAGGGGAUCCUCGCCUUCCAGGUGUUCUCACUCACAGGCGCGUGCUCCUUUAUGCUGCUUCAAGUUCUUCUGGCCGUUCCUGGCAUGGACCGUCGCAUCCCCAGAUUCAUACGCCCCUACCUCCCUGACGAGCUCGAGGAGAUGAGGCUAACGCUGGCUUCAAUGGACCCGCAGCUGAUCCUGAACUUUGAUGCGUCCGACCUCAACUUCCUGGAGCAACUGUUGAGCGCAAGCCGUGCCACAGUGGGACGGAGCCAACAGCUGAAGCUGGCAAGAUGGCGUAGCGUCACUCCGGGGCGGCAGCUCAUGUCUGUCUACCACAAGGGCGGCAUCAACGAGCUCCGCAAGGAAGUGGUGCCAGAUGAUCAGAUGGAGAGCGCGUGCCACCAGGAGGAUGGAGAGGAGGAUGGAGAGGAGGAUGGAGAGGAGGAUGGAGAGGAGGAUGGAGUGGAGGAGCCUGAGGCUGAUGAGACCUCUGAGGUUCACGAAGCUGACUUCCACACCACUUGAUGUUUUCUGGAGUUCCAAGAGGUGCUGCGAAGAGCAAGUCGACAAAUCAACGCCCCAUGCGGUGAAGACCGUAGGCUUUCGAAGACGGAGGAGCAUGAGAAGACGAGCAGACCCGAAGACCAGUCGUUCCAUCUCACCGGUGCUGGGACACGCUGAACAGCCACCUGUUGAGGUAGGAGGCAGUUUCCUACACUCAGCUGGGAGAUGCUAUCAAGGUGCAAGGAUACUCCUUGCGCGCUGCCCAAGCCUGAGUCAAUCGACACUGUGCCUACGCGCUAAGUUGUCUCCGCCUGCAGCUGCCUGCGCUUACUUAUGGCCAGCUCUCUCCCGCGCCGGAGUCACAUCGUCAAUGACAAUAUCGGGCAAGGCAAUCACAAUGAUUAGAUGCCCGCGUGGAAAAGAUUGCAGCAGAGCAGGAG